UUAUAAUUGGAAUUGGAUUGGAUGGUAUUCGGGUUUACGCCGGAGUUUCUCCUUAUAAUUAAUAAAAAUGGGUAACGCUUCAGCGAAAGUAGAAGCGAAGCCGGAAGAGAAGAAGAAACUGAAACCUUGCUGCGCCUGUCCUGAAACCAAGAAGGCGAGAGACGCAUGUAUUAUAGAAAAGGGCGAGGAAAAUUGUGGCGACCUCAUAGAAGCGCAUAAAACUUGUAUGCGAUCAAUGGGAUUUAACAUAUAGAAGAAUAAUAAAUAUUUUGACACCAAAGGCAUCUUUGUCGCAAAGAGCAUACUCAUCAAUGGAUCUUGAAGUCUCAGGUUAUAUAUGGUUUAUAUGUAUAUGUCUUUGUAAAUAAUUUUCUUCUUAGACUUGAUAAAGAAUAAAGUAUUAUGUAAAGCUACAAGAGUUUAAAUCUGAAUAAAUUGAUUUUAUUUUGAAUGAGCUCCGAGGAAUAUGAAGUAGACUGUUAUGAUGUAACUAUAUGUUAGAAAUAAAAAAAAAAUCAUACUCGUCUUUUCAACAA